AUGGAUAUUUAAAAUACACAAAUCGAAUAGGAAAUAUAAGAUAAGGAAUAGACCUUAUUAGAAAAUCCUGAAAAAGAAUAAACCAUUUCUAGUGAAAGUAUUAAAUGUGGGAAAUUUUAGGAAUUAAGAGUUUAAAAGCCUAUUCCAAUUUCAAAUAACUUAAGCAAAGGACCUAAACUUCAUGGAUAUAAUUUUUACAAAAGCUUAGGUUCUCCUUAGUAUGUAUGCGCACCAAUGGUAGAUCAAUCAGAAUUAGCAUUCCGUAUGCUUUGCAGAAAGUAUGGAACCACAUUAGCAUACACUCCUAUGAUUCAUAGCAAGGUUCUUUAAGAUUAAGGUUAUGGAUAUUUGAAUUCUGUAUUUAGCACUUGUCAAGAAGAUAGACCUUUAUUUGCAUAGUUUUGUGGUAACAACCCAGACGCUCUUCUUGCAGGAGCUAGAUAUGUUGAAGAUAAAUGUGAUGCUAUUGAUAUCAAUUUCGGAUGCCCUUAAGGUAUUGCAAAAAGAGGAAGAUAUGGUUCAUAUCUUUUAAGUGAACCUGACACCAUAGUAGCAUUAGUGAAAAAAUUACAUGAAAAUCUUAGUAUUCCAGUCACUUGCAAAAUACGUAUUCUCCCUAAUCGCUAACAAACAAUUGAGUUAGCUAAAAAAAUUGAAGCUGCAGGCUGUUCAAUUUUAACUGUCCAUGGACGUACUAAAGAGUAGAAUAAAGAUACUGUAGGAUUAUGCGAUUGGGAUAUAAUAAAAAUUAUAAAAGAAGAAUUAAGCAUUCCAGUCUUUGCUAAUGGAGGUAUAUAUACUUAUGAAGAUGUGUAAAAGUGUUUAGAAUAUACUGGAGUAGAUGGAGUUAUGAGCGCAGAAAGUCUGUUGGAAAAUCCAGCUUUGUUUAGUGGUCAAAUAUAUGAUUUAGAUGAGAUUGCUUUAGAAUAUCUUGAAUUUGCAGAAAAAUACCCAACUCCUCAUUUCUUCUCAAAAGGUCAUAUCUUUAAAUUCUUGCAUUAAGGACUUCAAGUUCAUACUGACCUCAGAACCAAACUCGCAAAUGUAAAAACUAUAGAAGAACAAAAAGAAAUAGCACUUGAAAUGAAAAAGAGACGUGAACACAUGUCAAAAGAAGAAAAAUUCGGAUGGUAUACUAGGUAUUGGGAUAAAAUGGGUGUUGAUAAACAAAAAUACAACUAGGGAUGUGAAAAUUGGUAAGAAGCAUACUAAAAUAUAUAGACAUGCUGCGAAUCUAGCAAAAACAACUAGACUCUAUAAACUGAAUAAUAAAAUCAUGAAAAAUAAAUUCAAAAUUCUGAAUAAAAAUCAGAAAAUUAAGUUUAAGAAUAAUGA